CUCAUGGGAAGAAGAAGCAGAGUAAAGAAGAGAAGCAGACACAAGGCAUUGAACCUCUGUCACCAUGGGGAACUGGAUUGAGAAUGAAGGGCUCUCCAUCUUUGUCGUCCUGGUAUGGCUGGGGAUGAACAUCUUCCUCUUCAUCCGGUUCUACAGGUUUUAUGACAUUGAACCUCAGUACCAUUAUACUCGAAAACUUCUUGGGUUUGCGCUGCCAUUGGCCAGGGCCCCUGCAGCCUGCCUGAAUUUCAACUGCAUGCUGAUUCUGCUGCCAGUCUGUCGAAAUCUGCUCUCCUUCCUCAGGGGUUCCAGCGCGUGCUGUUCCACAAGAAUUCGAAGACAACUGGACAGGAACCUCACUUUCCAUAAAAUGGUGGCGUGGAUGAUUGCACUUCACACUGCGAUUCAUACCAUUGCCCAUCUGUUUAAUGUGGAGUGGUGUGUGAAUGCCCGAGUCAACAAAUCUGAUAACUAUUCAAUAGCACUCUCUAGACUUGGAGAUAAACCUGGUGAAACUUACCUCAAUUUUGCUCGAGAGGAAAUCCCGAAUCCUGAGGGAGGCCUGUAUGUGGCUGUGACCCGCGUGGCCGGCAUCACUGGUAUCGUGAUCACCCUGUGCCUCAUACUAAUUAUCACCUCCUCUGCCAAAACCAUCCGGAGGUCUUACUUUGAAGUGUUUUGGUACACGCACCAUCUUUUUGUGAUCUUCUUCAUUGGCCUCGCCAUCCAUGGAGCUGAGCGAAUUGUUCGCCAGCAAACCCAAGAGAGUUUAGACAAAGACAACCCUGAAAAGUGUGACAAAGACCCCUCAGAAUGGGGAAAACCAGGAAAAUGUGCAAUCCCACAGUUCGCUGGGAACCCUCCUAUGACGUGGAAAUGGAUAGUGGGUCCCAUGUUUCUGUAUCUCUGUGAGAGGCUGGUACGGUUUUGGCGAUCUCAACAGAAGGUGGUCAUCACCAAGGUGGUCACUCACCCUUUCAAAACCAUCGAGCUACAGAUGAAGAAGAAGGGAUUCAAGAUGGAGGUGGGACAAUACAUUUUUGUCAAGUGCCCCAAGGUGUCCAGGCUGGAGUGGCACCCUUUCACACUGACCUCCGCCCCUGAGGAAGACUUCUUCAGCAUCCAUAUUCGGAUCGUUGGGGACUGGACGGAAGGACUUUUCAAUGCUUGUGGCUGUGAUAAGCAGGAGUUUCAGGAUGCUUGGAAACUACCUAAGAUAGCUGUGGACGGGCCCUUCGGCACAGCCAGUGAAGAUGUGUUCAGUUAUGAGGUGGUGAUGUUAGUGGGAGCAGGGAUUGGGGUCACACCCUUUGCAUCCAUUCUCAAGUCUGUCUGGUACAAAUACUGCAACAACGCCACCAAUCUGAGACUCAAAAAGAUAUACUUCUACUGGCUGUGCCGGGACACACACGCCUUUGAGUGGUUUGCAGACUUGCUGCAGCUUCUAGAGACCCAGAUGCAGGAGAGGAACAACGCCGGCUUCCUCAGCUAUAACAUCUAUCUCACGGGCUGGGAUGAGUCUCAGGCCGAUCACUUUGCUGUGCACCAUGACGAGGAGAAAGAUGUGAUCACAGGCCUGAAACAAAAGACCUUGUAUGGACGACCCAACUGGGAUAAUGAAUUCAAGACAAUCGCGAGUCAACACCCAAAUACCAGAAUAGGAGUUUUCCUCUGCGGACCUGAAGCUUUAGCUGAAACCCUCAGUAAACAGUGCAUCUCCAACUCUGAGUCUGGCCCCCGGGGAGUGCAUUUCAUUUUCAACAAGGAAAACUUCUAACUGCUGUCUUCUCGUGAGAUCAGUGUGGGUUAUGCCGCCAAGUACCUAACCCAAUAAUGCUAGCUGAUCAUGUAAGUCCCCCCCCCCAUCCUUAAAAAAAGAGAGAAAAUGAAGCUAUAAGGGAAGGUUUUCCCUGAAAGGAAUGUUAAAGCUCGUUUGAUAGUGAUAAUUCGCAUUCGUAUGGGGCUUUAUGGUUUUCAGAGCACUUUUACAAACUUGAUUUCAUGUUUCACUCACAAUAAUACCAGAGAAAGGUAGGGCAAGGGUUCCUGGACUCAGUGUUUAGGAUUAAAAAAAAAUAGGGACUCAAAAUGGGGAAGUAACUUCCCAAAGAUUCUGAAGCAUGGACCACAUCUAGUCCACGCAGCCCCAGGUUUGGGGGUCUUUCUGUGAUACCAGGUCGCCUGGAGAUAGGCACAUGUACUCCCCAAAAGAAGCAACAAUCCAGGGAGUGGCCAUUCAUUUUCCGUCUUGUGUUACCUUUGUAAUCAUUGUCGUCAUAGUGAAUGAAAUCUUCCAAAUAUUUAGGAGAUAAUAUAUGCCAAGAAGGAUUGAACACUUAAGAGUGACAGGAUGGCCAUCUGAGCAUUUACAAGGAUGUUUGGCAGAGUGGAUACUCAGUGAAAGUUUACUGAAUGAAUGAAUGAAUGAAAAGACAUUUAGAACCAUAUAAGGCCCAAGUAGAAAUAAUUUAAAGUCUUAAACUAAGAAUUGUGCCAAAGAUUUAUCCGAUAUGCCCAGCUGCUUUAAAAUAGCACCUACCCCUUGUUUUAUUUAAAUACACACACAAAAUGGCUCUUACUUGUGUGAAUACUGGUUUAUUUUUACAUCAUCUUCAUCAUCAUCAUCAUCAUCAUCAUCAAAUUUAUGUCCUAGAAGCCAAAAUCCCCAGCUUACUGUGUGUUGAAUUCACACCCCGUAGAAUGUUCUAGAUAUGCAUGAGUUCAAGAGAGAGUCUCUAAAUCACUGUUAGUGUGACCAGGAAUAGGGUUUUUUGUUUUUUGUUUUUCUUGGAACUGCUCUUAUUUCUGGAAACUAAAAAUAGCUUUACUUCCCCCACCCUGUGGAGCCACAGAUAUUUAGAACUACUUAACCUUGGUAAUGAGGAAGAAAGAAGAAAGCUGGGGGACGGGCACAUGACUGGGUUAGGAGAAAAGGGGAGGACAGGGGGGAAAGAGAACAGGAGGAAGGUGAUUGAAAGCGAAAAAGACAAAAGGGACAGGGAGGGUUGGGGGGGUCUCACACUAGUCACAUUCCACCCCAGAUUCCAUAGUAAUCAACAUAACAUGAGCAUGUGGUAUUGAACCUGAGGUUCUGGCUGCAAAUUUUGAUGCUGGGUGGGCAUAUUCAGAAGACCAGGAUACAGUAGUAAGAACUUGGUUGUUCCUUUGGGCAAACUCCCCGGAUGUGCAGGUCACUGCAGGUCCUUCCUGACAAGUCAGGCUUGCCGUGGACAUGUUGCCUCCCCAAAACAUCCCAGCAAAGCUUUUACUCAGAGAAACUUAGGUCUAGCCUGUUCACACUGCAGCCAGGUAUCAGUUCAUUCAUUCAGCAGAUUUUCAUUGUGUUAUUACUCUGACACAGGCUCUGGUCCUCACAGACUCAGUUCUUUCCACCAGAGUGAGAUCAAGAGGGGGAACCACAAUUCUAGGCGUCUGAGAACCUUGGCCCUCUCUCCCCUCCAUGGUCCAUUUGUGCUCUGAAAUUGUGUCUCCAGGGUUGUUUGUUUGUUUGUUUGUUUUU